AUGGGACCCUUCCCCUGGGCCUUCCACUCCAUUUCACCGGCCACUUGCUGGGAGCGUGGCCUGAACCUCCUCACCUCUCGUGAGGAGUCCACGUGGGCAACGGGAAACGCGACCCGCCCGAACCUCCCUGGGGGGGGGGGGGUCUCGUGCACUCAGAGCCCACCGCCCCGAGAUUCCCCCGAGGCCCCCAGUUCCCGAGCCCACGCCUCUCCCACCUCCGUCUUCCACGGGCUCCCUCCUGGCGUGGCCGCCUCCUCCAGCCUUGCUUCCAAACCCUCUGAAUGUUCUCGGGCGUGUCCUCCGUUCAGCCUUGGAGCUGCCCGGCCUCCUCGUGCCGCCGGCCCACCGCCAGGGGCCACAGCGCAAGCGCAGGCGCAGGCGCAGAAUAAGGAACUGAGGCACAGGGGUUUCUGGGAACCAUCGGACACAGGAUCCCGAACCUUCUCACUGGCCGGGGUCAGUGUGCAGAUCACAGAGAUUGGGUCUGCCUUUCCCACAUAUGUCCAGCCUGUGGUCCAUCCACAGCUUUCUCCCUUCUGUACCCAGCUCACCAGGAUUAUUCAAGCCAUGGCGGAUGGUCAGCCAAGCCUGCAGCAAGUGGUGGAGACGGUGGAUGAGCAGAUAGCAAAAGAAAGCCUCUUCGAUCCAAAGUCAAUUUUUGUCACAUGUGGAGACUGGGACUCGAAAGUCCCAGGCCGGCCAUACUUGGGUUUGCCAGUGGCAAAUUACUUCAAGCAGUGGAUUAAUUUGAAAAAGGCUUACAGCUUCACCAUGGGCUGCUGGCCCAGGAAUGGAUUUCUAGACAGGAACCAGGACCCCAGCCUGCAACACAUAGGCGGGUCCCACCGCAACGAUGACUACAAUAUUGCCAACAUCAUAAAGACACUUGCAUACCAAGGCCUCGUCUUCAAGCAGACGUCGAAGCCAUUCUGACUGGCCCAGGACGGGAUGGGGCAGGACAGGGUAGCUGCUUGGCUCAGCCUAGAACCCUCCUUUCCCUCACCAGAGAGGAAAAGGGGGAGUGGCAUGGCUCUGCCUCCAGUGUCCCCCAGUCCACCCUGUGGACCGGUGUCCUGGGUAAGGACUUGGCCACUUGGCCCCUCUGGAGCAGAAACUUUGUGUCCCCCACGCCAACCCCUCAACCUCAGCCCAGUAUCAGCCCCUCCCAUUGUGGGCCUCGUCCAAGACAACCCAUGCACUCACAGCCUCCUCCCGGGUAUGUAGGCUUUGCUGGGGCCACCAGGCCCCCCUGUGCUCCCUCCCAUCCAUAGUGCAUGAUGUGUGGUGCCCCCAGGGCUCCAGGAGAGAUCAGGCCCAACCUUGUGUCUACCCCCAUCCCCACCGUGAACAUGCCACUGGAUAAAGUCGGGGAACAAGAAAAAAAAAAAUGGAAGAACUGGGCUAGAACCAAGAAGACUUCACUACAGCUAAGUAUGAUGUCAUAAUACUCAUAAAUAAGCAGUAAAAAAAAAAAAGGAUUAAUGAAGGUUGGAAGUGUAACUCAUGACGUGUGGGAAACAUGUCUGCCAAAAAACAGUUAUUGUAUCACACCCCUGUUCAAAAUGCCAGAAUAGACAUAGAGGAUACAAAAAUAAAGAUCACACUCCAUUUCUGCGCACAUAAAGCCCACAGUUAGCGGGGGAGAAGUCAUGUGUAAAACCCUCAGAAAUCAUUUACCAGGCAGGAUGUGACAAGGACUUGGCACGAGUCAAUGUGGCUUCAGUAGCCACGGCUCCCAGCACCUGAAUACCUCACCCAAAUCUGAAAAUCUCCCCUUUGUUAGGAUGUAUUCCAGGCAGGAACCCUCACCCUCAGGAUGGGGGAGAGGAAAAUUGAACGGCUCAUGGGAGUCUGGGCUACGGGAGCCUGGACAGAAGGUCCCAAAUCAGUAUUCAGGUUAAGAGUUGAGAAGGGCAUUUCCUUCGUAAUCUCUUCCCUGUGGGAGGACUUCAAAACAUCAAAUGUUUUGAACCUUUAUUUUUUGAUUGGAGAGCAUUUGAAAAUACCUCACUAAAUCACGUGGAGAAUUCAUAAGCAAAUGAGAGGAGAGGAAAUGAGCGUGUGGUUGUAUGUUUGCAUGUGUUGAUGCGUGGUUGAGAAAAAGGGAGGAGAGUGACACAUCAGAAACAUUUGAAUAGUUGUGGCCUGACUCUGUGGCCAUGAGAAUCUCAUAAAGCACUUCAUCUAUUCCUUGGGUUAAUUAUGUGCCACAAAUGAAUAUUAGAUGAGAGCAAUGAGCACGCCCUUAUUUCAACUCAUUUAGGAUUUCCUAACUUAUGACUCAUUGGCCUUGUGAUUAUGAGUGCUGUUUUUGGAGGUGGCCAUAAGAAGUUCCACAUGUUUCUAAAACAGGACUUCAAACAUUUUUCUAACAAGUGACAUGCAUUCUUUAAAGACGAUAAGGUAUAGACAGAUCCCGACUUCUGAUGGUUGGACUUAAAACAGUUUUGUGGCUUCAUGAUGGUGCAAAAGCGACACACAUUCAGUAGAAAGUGUACUUUGAAGUUUGAAUUUGGAGCUUCUCCCCAGCUAGCCAUAUGUGGGAUGAUCCUCCUUCAUGACGCUGGUCACAGGAAACGAGGUACGGCUCCCACUCAGCCUCGUGAUCAUGAGGGUAAGCUAUCGACACACAACCACUCGCUACCCACAUGGCCAUUCUUAUUGUCAUCUCCAGUACAGUGUUCAAUAGAUUACAUGAGAUACUCAACACUUUAUUAUACAACAGGCUUUGUGUUAGAUGAUUUUGCCCAGGUGUAGGCUAAUGUAAGGGUUCUGAGCAUGCUUAAGAGAGGCGAGGCUAAGCUAUGAUGGUUGGUAGGUGUAUUAAAUAUUUUCAACUGACGAUAGGUUUAUCGGGACGUACGUAAAGGAAGAUCUGUGUAUUCAAAAAUAUAUUAUUUCACCACUUGGCUUGGCUAAAUAAUCUAGUCUGUUCUGGCCUCCGAUGAAAUUCAUUCUGUGUGACAUGAGGAGGUUCAAUAGCUGAGUCACAGACAGCACAUCCAGGGCUGCUCCCUCCCAAUGGCUCAGUGACUGUCUGCUCCCAGUGUGCCUCUGGCAAACUCCGGAGCCUCCGGGGACCUUCCAAAGGGCACACCCUGAACCCUGGGCUGUGUGAAUUCUACUUCUAGUGUGGUAGCUCAGAGGCGAACUGGACUAAGGUUGUAGGGUGGGAGAGAGACGAUUUCUGAGCAGCCUCUUGAGAAAUUGGCAAGCAACUCACAGCUGAACAGAGCGAGUCUACGGGCGAGGAGUGAAGAAUGGAGGGGUUAGCCAAAGUCAGAAAUAACAAGUUCCAGCUUUAUUCAGGAAGCACACCAAAUUCUUUUUUUUUUUUUUUUUUUAAUAUUUACUUUUGAGAGCGAAGACAGAGUGAGCAGGCAAGGGGUCGA